AGGACCCGGAUCGACAAAGUCAACGCGGAACUCGUGACUCUCACCUACGGAACGAUCGUGGCACAGCUAUGCAAGGAUUUUGACGGAGAUUAUGUCGAAGUGAACAAGCAGCUCGAUAGAAUGGGAUACAACAUUGGUUUGCGGUUAAUCGAAGACUAUCUCGCCAAGUCCAACACGAUGAAGCGAUGCUCUAAUUUCAGGGAGACGGCUGAUGCCAUUGCGAGGGUCGGGUUCAAGAUUUUUCUCAACAUCACACCGCACGUAACCAACUGGACGUCGGACAACAAGCAGUUCUCGCUGGUGUUUGAUGAGAACCCGCUUGCGGAUUUUGUCGAGCUGCCCGACGAUGGACGGGCACAAGAUGAGUUGUGGUAUUCGAACAUCUUCUGCGGCGUGCUACGGGGCGCCUUGGAGAUGGUUCAGAUGCAGGUGGAGGCUCACUUCAUCAGCGACGUCCUGAAGGGCAACGAUACGACGGAGAUGCGGGUAUCCCUGAUUCGCUAUAUCGACGACGAGCUACCCCCGGAAGACGACUAA